CUCGGAAUGUCUCGGACUCUUACACCCAAAACAGAAAAAAUAUUGUACGACGAGAGAAACUCGAAAGAACACGUGUGUAUUCUGUAAGGGGGUCGUGCUUGAUCUAAUCAAUGUCAUCCACUAGAACAGUGCUCCGUGUGAUUGGAGAGAUGAGAUUGGGAUCCUACUGCCAACGUCGACUAUUUCAUCAGAUGACAAAAAAAUACAGAGCGGGGACCGAGCGUAAAAAAAAUCCACUGUCAGUUGCAGGCUUGCAUGUUGACCCCCCUAUUGACACUUCACCAGGGCCCGUUGAUGUUGAUGGGGUCAAAGGUCAGCAACAGCAUAUUCCAGUAAUGGCAGAAGAGGUGAUGCAACAUCUCAAACCAAAAAAUGAACAGCUUUACAUUGACAUGACGUUUGGAGGCGGAGGCCACACCAGACAGAUACUGGCUCACGCCCCACAGGCAAGAGUGAUCUGUGUAGACCGCGAUCCAACUGCCAUCUCAAUAGCUCAGGAGCUGGCCAACAGCUAUAGUCCUGGUCAGAUCCAGACCUGUCACACAAAGUUUUCGCUGAUCCACACGCUCCUUCCUGAGCUGGGUGUGACCCCUGGGACAGUGGAUGGUGUGCUGUUUGAUCUUGGGGCGUCGUCCAUGCAGUUUGACCAGAAAACGAGAGGCUUUUCCCUCAGUGCAGAUGGACCACUCGACAUGAGGAUGGAUCAAAGCAGUGACAACAGCGAGCCCUCAGCAGCUGACGUUGUGAACGGUUUUGACGAGCUGGAGCUCGGGCUGAUCAUCAAGAAAUACAGCGGGGAGAAGAAUGCCAGAAAGGUAGCCCAUGCUAUUGUGGAGGCCCGCUCUGCGUUCGGCAGAAUCUCCCGCACACAACAGCUGGCUGACAUCAUCGCCAGUGCCUUUCCCGAACGUUUACAAUACAGUCGAAAGGACAAGCUAAAACGUUUGUCCCAUGUGGCUACACAGACAUUCAUGGCGCUCCGAAUAUUUGUCAACAACGAGAUGAACGAGGUAAACAAUGGCCUAGAAGUGGCGCACUAUUAUCUACGUCCAGGCGCAUGUUGUGUGACCUUGACCUUUCACUCCCUGGAGGACCGCAUCGUUAAACGACACUUCCACGACAUAGAUCUGGACUCUAAAGCUAACCUUAGUCUCCGUCAGAUGCGACACAAGAAGGCUUCUACAGCUGAAAUAGAGCAGAUCCUACACAAACGAUGGACACCGAUUAGUAAAAAGAUUGUCGCACCCUCAUCCUCCGAGUGUGAAAGUAAUCCACGUGCCCGGUCUGCCAAGCUGCGUGCGGCGGUCAAGAAUGAAACUAACCAGUGAUGAACAGAUUUAAUGAAACUUGGUCCAUGUUUAUCUCUUACAAAGACAAAGUUGAGCUAACUCUGUGCAUAAUUAUUAAUUAUAAUAUAGCUUGAAAUAGGGGCAAAGAAAGUGAUUCACAAACAAUUGAAAGAGUGUCAAUAUCAUACAUAUACUGUAGUGUACCAGGAAAUUUCCAGUCAAACUUUCACCCUGCACUCACAAAUCAAUUAUUGCCCAGUGUAAAUUCCGCCCCUUCACAUUUAAUUACUAUGUAUGUUACAUUUGUAUGCUGUUUACUUAUAUUCGCUGUAAAGAUUAAGUCGCCUUCAUUACGGCAGGUGAAAAGGAUGAACAAUUUAACUGCAGCGAAAAUUCCCGGUAUACAGCAUUCCUUCUGCUAAAGCAGGUCAGUCAAGUACAAUUGUUUUCUCUUUUCACGACAUCUUAGAAAUAAUUCUCAACUCUACAGAGUAAUAUAGUACAAAUGUAGGUUCUUACUGUAACACAUCCUUUCCAUUUUAAUACAUUUUGAAGAAUACAUGUGCAUAUUGUUCUGCGUCUGGGUUACUCGUGUCUUUUACAGGACUUCAACGAUAAGCAGAAAUAUUCAAUUUGAAUAUUGUUAUUUCAUUCAAAUCUGGUACAGAAGUUUGUAGAAAAAACCUCUGUUGAUCUUACAGUAAAUUUUGAUUAAAAUUUGCAUUAUUGUCUAGAUAGCAUUUUUAUGGCAAUGUUUAAUUCGCUCUCAAAAGGGGAACCGAAAUUAAAAUGGUGUAGCGGAACUGGACUGGGUCGAUCAUCGGCGACCAGAUAGCUCAAUUGGUAGAGCAUCUAUCUAGAGUUCAGAGAGUACCAGGUUCGAACCCUGGUCUGGCCAUGCAUUUUUCCUCCCCUUUUACAAUGGUGCAGAAAGUUCUCUUUUACAUAAUAUCAAAGAUAACAAUACCAUCUUUUCAUUUUAUACAAAAUAAUUUUAUUGCUGGAUUUCCAAUGAACAUCAUAAUACAUUAUAUCAUGUAUAAGUAAAGAUUUUCUAACAUUGAAAUUUUCAAUUCGUCUUUUAAAAAGAAAAUAAUUAUUAUUCAUUAUUCAAUGUUAUUGUUUAUGAUGUAUACAUGCGGUAGCAUGCUCCCAUUACACAAACCACAAAACAAUCGUGCUCCCAUAAAAUAUUAACCACAGAAUAGGGUAAAUUAGCAUAUUGUAUCUAUAAUCUCAACGGUUCCCAAAACUGAAACUCAACAGCAUAAAUAAGAUGGGGCCUGCUUGUUUAUGCAAAACAACGGGUUUUUCGGUUUUUAAAUGUAAGGUUUUCGUGUAUAAAUCCUUGCGGAUCUGCAAAUGUCUACGCAGGCAUUUGCAAGGCUUUGCCUCAAAUUACUAGGUCCGACCUUAAUUUAUAAACCGUUUGGAUUGCGAUAAACAAAGCGGUCAUGAUGUUGGUCUCAACAUUAUCAGGUCCGAAAAAGUGCAGAACAAAAUAUUCAAGAAAAACGUGUAUACAUGCAUUUAAAAUCACAACUGACGAAGGAGACAAUUUUUGACCUUUUCAGGACACUCAUGAUCACUGGCAACAAAUGGCCUGGCCAAGAAAUUUCCACAUUCCCGACCAUCACACCCUCUAGGCCUUAUUAUUCAAGAAGGUUUGAACUUAUCUUCAACAGCCCGAUAAUCUAGACAUGAUCAUAAUGACAAAUUAUCUAUGUAUUUUGUUUAAGAAAUCCUCACCAAACCGAUUUUCAAACAUCGUGUAUUACUCUUCAUGUAUACGCAUCGCUACAACCACAUUCUCCCCAUUUCCUAAUGACAUUAUGGGUAUGAUGUUUAUUUUACACUUGUCAUAUUAUUCUCCAAAUAAUUUUUCGCGAUCACAUCAUUGACCUGCAAAAUUGUGAAACAUCAAUGCUUCAAAAAUAUAUAUCCUGCUAUAAGGCAUCAUAUACAUCAGGGCUUUGUACUGUGUCCUAUAUAGGAGGACAGGGAGGCAUUUUUCACAUUAACUGAUAAGGAAAAUUAAUCAUGAUUUCAAGGAAAACUAACCAUACUUCAAGGAAAAUUAAUCAUGACUUUAUUCAGACUACCUCUGUAACUUAAAUAUAUAGAUGAAAUAUAAUAAUAUCUCAAUAAUAAGGGAAAUACGUCCGGGGAUACUGAAGUGUGUGAGGGGAACAGAGUGUUUUAUUUCCUUCUCAUGUGAUCAAUAUACCAAGCGAAUUAGACUAGCUGUUGUAUAGAUGAAAUAUAAUAAUAUCUCAAUAAUAAGGGAAAUACGUCCGGGGAUACUGAAGUGUGUGAGGGGGACACAAUGUUUUAUUUCCCUCUCAUGUGAUCAAUAUACCAAGCCAAUUAGACAAGCUGUUGUAUAAAUGAAAUAUGAUAUUAUCUUUUAGAUACACAUUAAAUGUGUCCAGUAUACAUGUUUUGUGUCAGGAAGCACAAAAUCCAGUAGAUAUAGUUAUACUGUUUACCGUGAAACUUUUGCCCUGUCAAAAAUUUGUCCUUUACUGGUAGAAUCCAUUGUCACCCAGUGAAAAUGUAUGGAAUGUUGUGUAUUUAUUUCCAAUGUCGAAAGAGACAAAAGUUAAACUGCAGCGAAAAUUUCCCGGUAUACAGUUUACAUUGUAGUAAGUGACACCGUUUCUGCAGCACUGAAUGCAUAUGGAAAUAAAAAGUCAUUAUUUAUUAUAAAACUAAAAUACAUAAAAAAAUAAUAUUACAUAUUGAAAAUUAACUGGUAAUACUUAGUAAUUUAAGAUACAUUGCAUCAUCAAUACAUACAUGUACUUUGCUUCAUCAAAUGCAUCACAUUUCGCAUGGGAACCCUAGACUACACCAAUCCCCAAAUUCAUGUUAUUCAAAUCACAUUAAAUCCCCAUUGUACAUUUAUCUGUAAGUGCGGGCUGCAGUGGCCAAGUGGUUGAAUCGUUAAUCUGUUUAUUGAAGCUACUUUUUUCUGAAACCUCUCUAUUCUGAAAAGUAGGGCGUAGAAUUGGUUUUAGAAUGAUUCACUUUAAUCAAGUGCAAACCAAUAAACUCUGAUACAACAGUACCGACCAGCCCUACAUCUGGUAUACUACAAACAGAAUCAAACUUAACAUUCAACUUAUAGAAAACAAACAUAAAAUUGUAAAAAAUGUCUCAAAUAUUUUUCAAGAUAUACAUGCAUACAUAUCCAUUGAUAUUUGGUCAAUCUUACCAUAAAUUCACAUAUCAAUUACGCUGUAUUACAAUCAUACAUGAAUUGUGCAUAAUGACUAAAAAAAUAGUAUAUAUUGUGUAAAUGGGGUUAUGAUUUAGUGACACCCUGACCUAUCAAGUUGGUCAGGGUGACUCCAACACUACCAACUCAGAUCACUAUUUACCUUAUUGGACGCUCAAAACUUAGCAUUAAUAUAAAGCAUAACAAAGUUUGUCAUACUACUCUUGAGAGAAAACAAAUGAAUAAAACCAAUUCUGAAAUACCAAUUUCCGGAAGGAAAGUCACAUGAUUUGGUGAUCACAUGGUGCAUUAAGAGGGGCAUGUAUACUUCUAGUAAAAUCAAUUAAUAGUAAACCAAGGUUGUCGCAGUUUAAGAUUGGUAAAUCUUUAUGAAAAUGACUGAAAUUUCACAUCCUCUAUGAAAAGGAUAUCUACUGACCAGUACUUGAUUGUCCGAUAUGCUGUCAGAAACUACACACCAGGGGCCUGUUCGUUUAUGCAGAACAACAGGUUUGUCCGUUUUUAAAUGUAACAAUUUCGGGUAUAAAUCCUG